UUUUCCUAGGAAAAAACAGAGAAGCAUAGAAAAAGUGAGAAGGGUAAUUUGGGUAAAGAGAGCGGAAAGAAUUAUAGGGAGAGCAUAGAAGGGAGGGUAGAGCCGAAGUUGUUGGGUUGUGCUUCUCCGCCUUCUCCACCGCCACCGCCACCGCCAGAGAUGAGUUCUGCUGAUACUGUCAAUGCAAGUGCAGCUGAGUCUGUCAAAGAACCUGUCAUGGGGUCUAGUCUGGAAGCAAAACAGGAGGAUACUGAAAUAAAAGCUCAAGUUGAUGCCAUGUGGGAACAAAUGAAUAAGGGAGUAUCUAAGAAGGUCCUCACUAGAUUUACAAGCAAGCCUAAUUCUGCCCCCAAAAAAACUGCAAAAAAGACAUCUUCAAAUUGGAUGUCUUAUUUGGGGUUGGCACCAAAGGCAACUGAAUCCCUCGGGCAAGGUGCUUCAAAGAAUGAACAUGGCACCACGCAAAGCAGCACCAGUGAAGAAGCCAUGAAGAUUGCUGCUGCUGCUCUUGCAGCAGUGAAAGAUGAUGCUGCCAUGGCUGCCUCAAGCAGGGGGAAACUUGUGAUUACCGAGGUUCGGGAUUUUGCGGGUCAAGAAAUUGAAGUUAAAAAGCUUGUUGAUUCUGACUCAAAGGAGGCAAUGGAAAGAGCCAAAGCUCCUCCACCUUCUGCAGUGGAUGUUGUACUUGAACAAAUCAAGAAGAAACAGAAGCUCAGUGUACUUGACAAGACCAAAAAGGACUGGGGAGAAUAUAAGGAAGAAAAUAAGGGGCUGGAUGUAGAACUUGAUGCUUAUAAGAAAAGUUCCAACCAGUAUUUGGACAAGGUUUCUUUCCUACAACGAACAGAUUACCGUGAGUUUGAGCGAGAGAGAGAUGCACGAUUGGCUUUGCAAGCCAGGAAGCGACCAGAUAAUAUGCAAGAGGAUGCAUAUGAGUGAAGGUAGUUGAAGAUUGGAGUUGCUACGAGAAUUAUUUACGGUUUUGUAAUCAGUUGAUGGUCUAAGUGCUAUAGUUCAUGGGAAGGUCUCAAUCUCUCAAGAGGUAUAAGACCUUUGAUCACAUUAAUGGGGUGUGAUGCUUGUUGAGCUUUUGAAUGCUAUUCAAUGACAUGGUAUGCGCGAUGUGGGAAGGAAAAAUACAGGGUUGAAGAAAACAGGUGCUAAUUUUAGACUGACAUUUAUCCAUUCCUUGAGAGCCUCAAAGAACGCAUUCACAACUUGCCAAAGGUGGUUUCAAAGAACUCAUUUUAUGUCUGUUCAUUAUUUGGUUGUUUUACUACCCCUCUUUUAAGUAAAUACUAGGACUCGAUUUUCUUGCAGAGCAAUUCGAUCCUUAGUUUCAAGGCGUAAGAGAUCGUGUGCAGAUAUUUCCUUAAAUAAGUAUGGUAUCAUUGCUAAUAAUGUGCUUUUAU